AAUGCCAACUAAUGAAAACAGAGAGACCAAAGCCGAACACAUUUAUUAUUCGAUGUCUUCAGUGGACCACUGUGAUAGAAAGAACAUUUCAUGUAGAUACUCCAGAAGAACGGGAAGAAUGGACAGAAGCCAUCCAAGCAGUAGCAGACAGACUUCAGAGGCAAGAAGAGGAAAGAAUGAAUUGCAGCCCAACAUCCCAGAUUGAUAAUAUAGGAGAGGAAGAGAUGGAUGCCUCGACAACACACCAUAAAAGAAAGGUAUUUAGAACAUUGACAAUGAAUGAUUUUGAUUACUUAAAACUACUUGGCAAAGGCACUUUUGGCAAAGUUAUUCUGGUCCGGGAGAAGGCAAGUGGGAAAUACUAUGCUAUGAAAAUUUUAAAAAAGGAAGUUAUUAUUGCAAAGGAUGAAGUGGCUCACACACUUACAGAAAGUAGAGUAUUGAAAAACACUAGACAUCCUUUUCUAACAUCUUUGAAAUACUCAUUCCAGACCAAGGAUCGUCUAUGUUUUGUGAUGGAAUAUGUCAAUGGAGGAGAGCUGUUUUUCCAUUUGUCGAGAGAGAGGGUGUUCUCUGAGGAUCGCACACGCUUCUAUGGUGCAGAAAUUGUGUCUGCUUUGGACUAUCUGCAUUCUGGAAAGAUUGUAUAUCGUGAUCUCAAGUUAGAAAAUCUAAUGCUGGAUAAAGAUGGACACAUAAAAAUUACAGAUUUUGGACUUUGCAAAGAAGGAAUCACAGAUGCAGCUACUAUGAAAACAUUUUGUGGUACUCCAGAAUAUUUGGCUCCAGAGGUUUUGGAAGACAAUGAUUAUGGUCGUGCAGUGGAUUGGUGGGGCCUUGGAGUUGUCAUGUAUGAAAUGAUGUGCGGCAGAUUGCCAUUCUACAACCAGGAUCAUGAAAAACUUUUUGAACUCAUUCUAAUGGAAGAUAUAAAAUUUCCUCGAACUCUCUCAUCUGAUGCAAAAUCAUUGCUUUCAGGUCUCCUGAUAAAAGAUCCAAAUAAACGUCUUGGUGGAGGACCAGAUGAUGCUAAAGAAAUUAUGCGACACAGCUUCUUUGCUGGAGUAAAUUGGCAAGAUGUAUAUGAUAAAAAGCUUGUUCCUCCUUUUAAACCUCAAGUGACAUCUGAGACGGACACCAGAUACUUUGAUGAAGAGUUUACUGCUCAAACUAUUACAAUAACACCACCUGAAAAAUAUGAUGAAGAUGGCAUGGACUGCAUGGACAAUGAGAGACGACCACAUUUCCCUCAGUUUUCUUAUUCUGCAAGUGGACGGGAAUAA